AUGAAUUCACAAAGCAACAAAAUUCGAUGUCCUUCCACUGGUUGCGAAUACUUUGGGCGAGGUGAUAAUGUUCGCCAACAUUUAAAAAAGAAACACAAGUACAAUGAAGAUCAAAUAUUGGAAUAUAACAGACAAUUACAAUCUAUGAAACGACCAAAAGGAUCUGGAAAUGUUUGGAUUUGUCCUGCUCAAAACUGCAUAGUAUCUUGUUCAAUGAAAAACGGUCUCAUCAGUCACAUCUACAGCAAACAUCCAUCAGAAAAAUCCCACUUGAUGAAGGUGAACGUUUUACAUCACAUAAUUGAAAAAAGUCUGAAUAUUUGACUGAUAUCGCACUUUAGGCAAUUUUUGAUAAUAUACAAAAUGAGUUUAAUAAAAGAGAAGGAUGGACGUUUUAUGGCCUUUUAAAUCUGAAGUUCACUUUUUUUGAACCAUACAAAAAUAUAUACACAUGCAAAAAAAUCCCACUUUUUUUCUUGCCGACUGCUUUCACAUCAGCUGUGUAGAUAAAAAAAUUCGAGUCUAAGAAUUUAAAUUUUUUUGAAAACAACAUUUUAUAAGACCGAUAGGCUGAGAAAAACGUCAUGAAUAGUGAUCUUGAGUUUUAAAAUCGAAAAAUAACACAUCUGAAUAUUUUUCAUGAAAACCUGAUUUUUUCAAAUAGUCCAAACUUCAAAAAGAGUUUGAUCUACUCAGAAAACUGUGCGGAACCUUACCAAUUCCGACCACUUCCUCUGCCUUCCCACAGGGUGUAAUUUACUACCUCAAAUCGCUUAACCUCAAAUUUUUCAUUCAUUUUUGGGUAGAUUAAAAAAAAUUAAGGUAAACAAUUCAAAAUGAAACAUUCGCAGUUUUUAAUGUGAGAAAUAGAAAAAAACCAAAAAAUUCUAGAUAAUGAAACAAGACGACAAAGAACAUGAAGAAUUGGAGGUGGUGGAACAUCAAUCUUAUACGAAUAUAAAAGUUCAAGAACCAGUCAAAUUCAGAUGUCUGGAAUCAAAAUGCUCCGUUUCCACAGCGUCGCGGGAAGAUCUUUGUAAGCAUAUGAAAUCGAAACAUAGUGACGGAACUCAAUUUGUCGUGGAAACCGAAAAUUUUGAUAGUUAUGUUCAAUUUAAGGACUGGUUUGAUCGGAAAAAAGAGGCGUCUUGUUCAACUUUUGCAAAAUGUAGAACACAUACAGAUGGGAAGUUGAAAGCAAAUUAUUGGAGGUGCUCAAAUGAAGGAGAAUAUGAAUCUAAUGCAACGAAAACAAGAGGCCAUCCUUCAAAGAAAACAACAGGAAAGGGAAAUAUUUGCACAGCUUUUGUAAAGGUAUAAUUCCACUAAAAUUAGUUAUAAAUUCAACUAAAAAUCAAAAUAUUUCACAAAUUGGAUGAAAAAAUUUAAAGAUAUUUAAAAAAUUAAAAUUUUAAGCUAAUCGAAAAUGCCGACGGAUCAUGUUCUGUAAAAGCGUGUUUUUCACACAAAGGUCAUGAAGUUGAACCAGCUCAGCAAAGAUUGACCGAUCCACAAAUCAAAUUAAUUACGGAGUGAGUUUCUUUUUGAAAUAUCACUAAAAACUACCUAUUCAUGAAACAAUUAUUAUAGCAUGAUUGAAGAUAGCUGGACAAAUGAACAAAUUAUCAAAAAACUGAUAAAGGUCUAUCCCGAAACCAACCGCCUCCAUCACGUUAUUAAUGAAGAUAUCAGGUUUGAUUUUUCAAAAAGUUCGAGCUAUAAAUCCAUAAGAAGUAUCUCAUGAAUGAAGACAGUAAGAAAAAAUAAUAUGAUUUAAAUAUUGGUUGACAGUAACAGAAUUUCAAAAAAAAAGUCAAUUUCAAUUUUUUUUUCCGGAAAUUUAUCUCGAAAUAUAUUUCUAUCCAUUUGGAUUAUUAAAGCGGUAACAAUUCUGACAGAACUAUUCGAGAUCGGUUUGGUUUGCAUGAUGGUCGCCUCCACGAGAAUGACCUUGAAUCAAUCAAAAUGCGUUACAAUGAGCAAAAUCCAAAAUAUGGACUACGAUUCCUAAGACUGCCAAUUGACAAAAAAGGAACAGGAUUUAUCUUGGGUAAUACAUACUUCAGAAAACUUUCAUCUUUAAAACUGGAAGGCUUUUUCAUGAAAAAUAAUUUUCAGUGAUAAUGUCAGAUCUUCAAAUAAUUGCGCUGAAAAAGUUUUCUCACAAAGGAGUUGUUCUUGACGAAACAUACAAUAUUUCAAGAUAUGAUGUUAGAUUGACGACUAUGCUUGUGUUGGACGAAAAUUCAAGAGGAAUACCUUGUGGUAAUAUAGAACAUUUUUUAUGUCUUCAUUUUUAGUUUUAAUCGAAUUUCUGGAACACAGAAAUACCCAGAAAAAAUUCUCAAGUUUCCACAGUAUUUUAAAAUUUCAGGCUUUCUUAUUUCUAACUGCACAUCCACUGAAGAAAUGCGAUUUUUCUUCCGAGAAGUUAAAAAAGUGUUCCCAGAAUUUUGCCCAAAAGUAAUGAUGACCGAUGAGGCUGGACAAUUCUGGAAUGCAUAUGUUUACGUGAGAAUAACUUGAUGUCCACAACUUAAUUCAAGUGAACUUUUUAUUCAGGAAUUCCCACAAAACCGAAACAUCACAAAAAAAUUAUGGUGCAGAUGGCACGUAGGCAACGCAUGGCAAAAUAUGGCUGAUAGAUUAUUAAACGUCAGUAUUACAUUUUUUAUAUUUAAAACAAAUUAAUUCCAGGAUGUCGAAAACAAAACGGUCAUGCAAAAACUGUAUGAAAUUCAGUUGACACCGUCUGAAUUCGUUUUACAAAGAGGACUCAACGAAUUGUUUCAGUAUCUGAAGAGAUUAGGAAAUUCGAAAGCUCUCCAAUUUUUAAAAUAUCUAAAGUCAAGAUAUCUCAGUGAGUUUGAUACAUUUUUACAAAAAACUGUAAAAUUAUCACUUUUAGAGUUUAGUUAUGAAAACUUAGAACAUUUUGAAUCGAAUGAGAAGAACGGGAUCAGGUCCGAUUUUUUGAGAAAAAUUCUGAUUCAGAAAUUCUGAAUAGGACCACUUUUUCUAAAAUUGGUCCGUCUUUUCGUUUUUAAUUCAGAAUUUUUCUCAGGAAAUCAGUCCUGGUCCCAUUCCCACAAAAAAUUUCCAUAUAUUUUAGAAUUGGAAAAUUAAACCAAACAGAAAACAUUUCAAAGAAGUAACAAGAACAGUCAUAAAACUUCAUUGAAAACUCACAUGAAUCAAAAAUCGGGUUCGUAAAUUUGCACACUAGGAAAUACUUAUUAUGCCGCUGUUCCAAAAAAAUUGUCAUAGUCCGAAAAAAUUUCACGUUCGACGUAUUAAAUUUUCAGAAACGAAUAAAUAUUCAUUUACAAUUAGAAAAGCAAAAAAUCGAGACAAUUAUUUUUUAUUCAGAAACUGUGAAGGUUUGGGCGACUUGUUAUCGAGAUAAUAGUAUUGUGCAAACAAGUAUGACAGCUGAAUCAUGGCAUGCGUAUCUCAAGGCAAGUUGGACUUAA